AUGGGCCAAUCACGUUCGUUUACUCCAUUUUUUCGUUCCUUGGCUCGUUUUUCUCGUAAUAUUGUUGAGAGUGAGACCUCGCUGACAUUCGAUCAUGCUAUUGCUUUGCCCCCUGCCACUGCCACUGCAGCCUCACAAUUCAUGGACGAGAUGGAGAAGUCCACAAACUUCAAUGCUGGAGAGCUCGAGCGUCUCAAGCGCCGCUUCAUGAAGCUCGACGCCGACGGCUCUGGCUCGAUCGAUCGCGAGGAGUUUCUCCAAAUAUCGCAAAUAGCCAGCAAUCCACUUGCAUCCAGGAUGAUAGCCAUUUUCGAUGAAGACGGUGGCGGAACUGUUGAUUCAGGAGUUGUUGGAGGGUUGAGUGCCUUUAGCAGUCGAGGUGGACGUGAAGAGAAACUUCGAUUCGCAUUCAAGGUCUACGAUAUGGACCGAGAUGGGUAUAUCUCCAAUGGAGAGCUCUACUUGGUGCUAAAAAUGAUGGUUGGAAACAACUUGAAGGAUACUCAACUUCAGCAAAUAGUUGACAAGACCAUAAUGGAGGCAGAUAAGGAUGGGGACGGAAAGCUGAGCUUUGAGGAGUUUACAGCUAUGGUUGCUAAAACUGAUAUCGUAAAGCAAAUGACUCUAGAGGAUUUAUUCUGA